GGGCGUGACCUUUAGUUGGUGCGUCGCGUCCGAAACUGACGCAAAACCAAUAACACUGACGGUUCGUUCGGUUGGCGUCUUGAAUGGCCACCAUUCAAGAUGUCGUCGGCCGUGGAACAUUCACAGAGACGGGACGGCCUGUAUUUGUUGCGUUGAGGAGACGAACGGCGAAAUCGAAAUCUGUCUGGCGUGUGGAGGUGAAUGGAUCGCAGCUGAUUUCACAAGUCCUCCCGGACAUGCCCGGAAAAGCACGCUCGCUCCCCGUGUGGCUGCGCGUCUCUGUGCUUCUUGUCGAUUUGGGAACAGGGCUCUAGGGCGGUGUUGGUUGUUGGAGCGGCGACGGGAUGGCAGUUCGAGCCGAUGCUGGACAUUGACAUGUAAUCAAUGAAGCAGAUUUGCUGUGAAAAACUACCACCACUGUCUAGAGUGAUGGCCUUGAGGACAGAAACUCUGGUUUGCAGGAAACAAUAUUUGCUCAAUUAGGUGGUUGUCUUUCUUUGUUUUUGAAAGUAUCAUUGGAACACCUCCAGAGUCCAUGACACGUAUGAAGAAAUUAGCAUGGAGAACGGGCCAGGAAAAGGCGCUGCCGGCCAAAAAACAAUGGCAACAGCCCGCAGGUCAGGACCAGACUCUGAACUGUCCAAAGAAAACGGUUCAAGCCCCCCUGCAGAGAAUGUCAUAUGGAGUGAAAAGUCUGCACUCAAGCACCCUGGCUGGCCAGAGUGGCAGCAUCCGAUUUUCUUCUCCCUCGCUGCCAUUGCUGUGGGUUUUGUGAUGCUUCUAUGGUUCAAAAGCCAAAUGUUGCUCUCAAAGAAAAAGGACUGUGAGGAACCUGAGUCAAUGACAGAAGAUCAGGAUAAAAUUGUGUCUCAGACAUCAAACACAACAGUCGCGGCUGUUGUUUCUGAGGAAGUUUCCAGCCACUGUUGGAAGCUUCAGGCAACUUCAACAGCAGUGCAGGAGACCUGUGUUGCUGAAGCACAGUUGCCAGAGGCACUGCGGCAAAGUGCGGUGGUUGCUGGCCCAAGCACCUCCACAGCUGGAGGUGGAACUCGAUUUGCAUCUGAAGUUCGGCCAGAACCCAUUCGUAUUAAAGCCAAAGGUCUAUUAGAGAGACGUGGGUCCAGUGCUUCCCUUACCAUUGACCUUCACCCAAGCCAGGAGAAUAUCUCUACUCUGUGCGGGCCUACGCGGGAAUGCACCACUGAUGAGUACCUUCUAUCUGCCGGCAACAUGCUGAGUCGUCAGCAAUUACGAAAGUGCCUUGAAGAUGUUAAUGCUCUCCAUAGAGAGUUUUGGGAGAUUCCCUCAAACUAUAGAGAACAUUUGGGUGUUGCUGGAGCAGGUUUUAAGAAUAGGUAUAAAAGUAUUCUCCCAAAUGAACGGACUCGUGUUCAAAUUUCCCCCCCAUGUUUAGGAAUGGCCCCUGGGUCUGCAGAGGAUCAAUUAGCAUGUUAUAUAAACGCUAACUAUAUACGGGGUUACGAUGGUGAAGACAAAGCCUAUAUUGCAACCCAAGGACCUUUGCCAAAUACUAUUGCAGACUUUUGGCUGAUGGUUUGGGGUGAAGGAGUUCCAGUGAUAGUGAUGAUAACAAGAUUUGUUGAAACUUGCAAGUGUAAAUGUGAGCCAUACAUCCCUAUGAAUCCUCAAGAUGAUGGGGACUCACCUCCAGACUCUCCAUCAAUGGCUCAGUCGCUUGGGGGUCCCGGCUCCACAGAAAAGUAUGGUGAAGUCACUGUAACUGUAGAAAAAGUCUCACCCAGAGAUGGCUAUGUUGUAAGGGAGUUAAGAGUGCAGAGAGGUGAUGAAACUCGUAUUAUCCAGCACUACUGGUAUGACACAUGGCCAGAUCAUAAAACUCCUGAUACUGCCAAAAGUAUUGUAGAACUAGUUCGUGAAGUAGAAGCCUUCCGUCAAAAAUCAUUGUCCCAACUGCGAAAACAGUAUGGUGACAAUGUUCCACGUAAAGCUCCAGUCGUUGUUCAUUGCAGUGCUGGAAUAGGUCGCACAGGUUGUUUCCUUGCUGUCGCUAUAGGGACCAUUCAGCUGGCCGAAGAGAACAAUGUUGAUGUGCUAGGCAUUGUGUGCAGACUCCGACAUGACCGGGGAGGAAUGGUUCAGACAGCCGAGCAGUAUGAAUUUAUUCAUAGAGCAUUGAGUGAAUUUGAAAAGACAUUACCAAAUCGCUCCGGAGAGGACUUUGAAAGAACCUUAAGCAAAUCUUCAUGAGAACUGUUAGUGCCAUAUGCCAAUGUACUCAGUAACCCAGCAGAGAGAUGCUUAGCACAAGGUAGUGAUCUGGUUGGUUCUAAAACUUUGAAAUUAAUGGACAAAUCCCCUCAGUAUUUUUUGAGGUGCUAGUGCAGCCAAAUAUGUUUGUAUGAAAUUUGGGAAUGUUUUGAAUUCAAACAACAAAAGUUAUUGGACCAGCAGGUAUUAAACACCUCCCGGGUUCAGACCUCAAGAUCAAGGUGCAAGUUCUCAGCUGCACUAACUGUAAUGUUUCCUGUUUCUGUUUUUACAAUAAUCUUUGAAGUGAGGUUACUGUAGUGCUAAGAAGUAAUUUUAGACAUCCCUGCUUUGUGAUAAGAGUAUUCUUUCUAUUUAAAAAGUUAUUUAUUUGAAAUCAAUAGUUUUUGUAUCACUUGUUUAUAAUUUUUUAAAGUUGGGUUUCAUGAAUGAAUACCUUAUUUAUGACUUUCUCAUAUCAUGAAAUAUUACAAAUCGUGCAGUCUGCUAAUUGUUCAUCGGUGUAUUGUGUCAUCUUUGCUUUGAUCGAGUGCUCUUGAUAUUACACGGAACUUCUUUCAAUUUGAAUUCAAUAUCUAAUAUUUUGGUUUCUGAUAAUGUGUUUCGUUUCCUCUAUACUGCUUAUCUGCACACAUCUAUGUAUGUUCUUACUGCGUGAAAAUUGUGACAGAUUCGGUAUGGAGGAAAUGCCACAGUUCAAAGAUUUUUACAGUACAUAGUGUGCCUGCUUUUAUUCCCAUAGAUAGACUGGAAGUGAGAAAUCUGUGUUGUGGAUAGGGUGUAAAUUAUUUAUUGUUGAAGCAUUUUGCUUCCCCUUGCCAUGUAUGAAGGUGAUAUAAUUUUGAUGUUAGUAAUGCGUGUGUUAAGAUAACACAUGGCAGCUAUGGUCUUGUAGAACUGAUGCAAAUGGUGUGAUGAAUUACAGAUUUUUACCUUUUAUAAUCUCAUGAGGAAGUAUGAAUUAGAAUGUGAUUUAUUGUGAAAUAUUUUAUUUGUCAGCAUGAAUGUGUUUAGGUUAUCUAUAAUCUUAUGCUAAAAUGUGUGAUUUCUGAUAGCUUCAGUAAGUACUGCUCUCAACUCAGGUUUUCAUGUGUGACUUUGUUAAAAUUUUGUAACACAGAUUAUUUUAAACUGUAAUCUAUUGUAAAAAUGUAUGGGAGUUGCGGAAAUUUGCUAGGCAAUGAUGUUGGCGAAUUCAUUCUUAAAAGAAUAAUUUAAUUAGGGGUUGGGGGUUGUGCUUAAUGUGUUCGCUAGAUUACCUGCCACAAGUGUUAAUAAAUAUGAGUUGAGAACAAAUUUGCUGUUGCUGUCAAUGUCAAGUAGAUGACAAUAACGUAACUUGUAGACCUGGUCCCAUUCGGUUUUCAAAUGCAUUCUUAGCAGAGUCCUGCUGCUGAAAUAUUCGCAGAUCCUUGGAGAUCUAGUGAUGCUCAUUUAGAUUAGCCAAUUGUUAUGUUACUCAAGGGAAUCAAGUUAAGAUUUUUCUUUUCUGUUUAUACUUAAUUAUCUAUGGGAUGCCAUUUUUAAAUCUUCAACAAUAAUGGACUUUAACAAUAAUGUCUUCUAAUUUCUUUCAAUUGGAUUUGUAACUUUUGGGUUUUCUGCAUUUAACAUUCAUUUUAGCACUGUGUGAACUUUGUGACACUGUGGCUUGUCAUAGGUAUUUGAAGAGUCUGGCAAAGUUGUUUCUUGUGCCUCUAGAGCAUCUUGAACGCUGAUCUUUCCUGUUAGUGUACCUUUCUUGUUUUGUGCCUUCUGUGUUGAAAGUAGAAAGGAUAUUGUGCUUUUUCAUUCAUUCAUAAUGGAAAGUGUUUUUAAAACUACAUAAAAACUAACAAAGAUACAGGUUUUGCUUCUGCUUGACAAUUGUUAAUUUUUGUUAACUAGGAGUGAGUGAUAUUAUUUCUUGUGAAACUCAGUGUUAUUACCUGUGAAUGCAAUUGAAUCAAAGAAUUUAUUGGUGUUGUAACCAUUCUCCUAGGACAGUUUGAUUUCUGACUUUUACAUGAGGGAUCAACUUCUGUUUCUCCUUGAGGAGACUGCGCACAGAUCAUGUUCACAUUCCCUAUUAUCUGAUGCAAGCUUAAGUUUAUUUAUUCUUUUAAAUCAGUUAACUUUUUCCAUCAACUAGGUUUUAUAUUUUAUUCAUUUUCAAAAUCUAAUGUGAUCGCACAAGAAAAACAGAUGUAAUUAACCUGAUACCCUUGAUUUUUGUCAAGAAAUACCUCAUUUAUCAUAUCUGUGUUGUGAGUUAUUCCACUGUCUUUGUUUCUUUUAACUUGUGGUGUUUUUGGUUCUCUACAACCCUCUAGACUGUGAAUGUUUCAGAAGCCAUGUCAUUUGAUGAGUGGCAGGUCAACAUUUUUAUUCUUCUCUUUUCUGGUGCUAUUAAAAUACCAAACUUGAUCUGUUAACCCUAACUUGUUUGUUAAUUUGGGCAUUGAUUCUGUUUAUCAUGUACUGUUGUCGUUGUGUUGUUCUGCAUACUUCAUUUUGUUUAUGACCUGCCAUGUCAUCUUUGUUUUUCUCAUAGUACAAACAUGUUUUAUCAAAAACUUGUAUGAUAGGGGAUGGUCAUGUUUCAUUAGAGAUUGAUACCAGGACUGUGCCACUUUUAAACUCAUUUCUUUAAAUCUAUAAUUACUUAAAUCUGUGAAUUAAGGCGUAAGUUUGCUCUCUGAUCAUUCAUUGAAAUUAAAAACUGUCUGGCAUUUAAUGGGUAUCCAAAUGUGAGGUAACUACAGCAUGUUAUUUCUGCAUUAUGUGAUAUAGGCUAUUUUUUGAAAUUGACAUCGGUUUACUGUAUUCCUGUCACGAACAAGUGAACAAGUGUCAUGGUUGUAUCAUGAGCAGACAGAAUGUUUUCCAUUUCAGCCUCAUUCCUAGCCCAUUCUGACUUAGUCUGUGAUUUUCUUGGACACAAAUGCUGCACCCUGUGCUUUCUGCAAUUUCAUGGUGCCUAAAUUGAUUCUAUAAAAAUAAUCAUUUUCUUUUCUUUUUUAGAAAAAAUUGAGAAGUGUGUAAUGCACAUAUUUUUGAAUCCUGCUUCACAGGGUCAUGCAGAGUACAUCUUGCCUAGCACACUGUGUGGCUUUUGUGAACAUUGUCAGUUUUCUUACUGAAAAUUGUUACUUUGGACCAGAGUGUGUACAAUCUUGUGUAUAAUUGUGCAAAUCUUGAUUAACAAUAUAGACCACUUUUUAAGUUUGUGUGUCAGCAGACAGUUUGACAAUACCCUUCAAGAAUUUUCUGGUUGUCAUCUCUUCUGUCAAACAUGACCUUUGUAUCAUAGCAAACAAUCAAACUGGAUAUUAAAUUUCUGUACAUAAAUAUGUAUUUGUAGGAAGAGAUAAAUGUAGUGUUAUUUUUUACUUUGUAAAUAGAGAGAUAUUGAAUGUUACAGAUUUAAUUUGUAUAUACUUCUAUUUGUGGCAUAAUUAAAUGAUAUAAAUGAUAUCAACACAUUUGGAGGGCUUUUCUUGCCAUGAAUCUGAUGUGGUGCUUUUCUGCUUGUUAAACUGGAGACUUAUGAUUGUAUGUUUGUCGGCUUUUAUCUUUUAUAUCUUGAUGUACUAUCCUUGUUUGGUGAAAAAUGCAUUCUCCUUGCUUGUGUAUGGAUAUAUGUCAGCCGUUCUUUUCGGCCAGUUUGUUGUUGCAUUUAAUAUUGUUUUAUGUGGUGGACUUUUCCUUAUUAAGCAUUUUUUUCUGUUAGCCUUUAUUCUGGGUAAUUGUCACACAUGUGACCAAUACACAUAGUUUCUGAAGUAAAAUUAUGUUGUGCAAUGUGAUGAGGGGAAUCACAUUUUCCAGUUCAGCGUUCGGUUCACUAACUGGUGAAUCUUCUUUUAUAUUUUUGGAUGGGGAUAGGUUUUGCUUUGACAACAGAUUUUGCCUCGCCCUAAGCCAAGGGUUUAAAGUAGAUUUGAGAUCAUAUGAGUGCUGGAGUUGGUAAUUUUACCUUCCUGUUUACCCUGUAACUAUUGUUGAUGUUACUUGUAGUUUGCUAAGAUACAGUGAAACAGUUUUCUUUGUUUUGUUGUUGUAGUGGCUAUUAUUGCAUAAUUAUGCCGCUUUGAUGCCCUUUGACAUUUCCUUUGAGCUUAGUGUGCUUGGCUAAAUAGUGUUAUUUUUACUCAAUGAAUGUACCUGUUGUCAUGCUUAGCAAGUAGGCAGUUAACUAAAGAACAAAUUUUUCGUCUACAAUGGGACCUUCCCUUGCCUGCAGCUUCCUGUACUCUUUUUAAGAAAAUUCUUCUGUCCAUGUUCAAAAUUAUAAUGUUGGUGCCUGAUGUGAUUUUAACCCAUUUUUAAUUUAUCACUUACUUUUGCUCUCAGAUCAGUGCUUAUGAAUGUUUCACAAGAAGCAAUGUGCUGCCAUCGCCAAAUAUAGAAACACUUCCAGGUAUACAAUGAGCAGCAAAUUGCUUUAUAGCCCUGGCCCUGAGCCCAAGUCUUCUUGAAAUGAUGAAAUCUGAUACUUUGUGUGCCUGAACAUUUCAUAAUUAUGAAUUUGCUUAUAGAAUCUUUACAUAAUAGAGAGCACUAUUAUACCUUUUUGUCAAGCAGUAUGUUGAACAUAUCAUCUAAACAUACCAGAAGAAUGUUAUUUUUCUGAAUGGGCUUACCUAGAUGUAGAAGAACUGCUGUGCUAGAACAAUACCGAUCAGAUGACAGUAUCUCUUAAAGAUGAAUGUUUGUGGUGUGCUGUGUCUCACAUAGAACAUUGGGUGCCAACAUUUUAAAGAAACAUGGAAAUCAUCUCUUUAUAUUUGAUUCUGCUUUGUUCCUUUUAGAUACAAUGUUUCCACUCACAAUCAGUACUUAAAAGUGUGUAAUUGAGUCCGCCAGUGUUCCCAAUUAAAGUCCCUAUAUUUUGUAUAAUAUGAAUUUUUCAUUGGUUCUGUAUUGGAUACGCUUAAAUUGUCUUAAAAUAUUAAUGGUUUAUAGUUGAUAUUAUUUUCUAGGUGUGACAUGCUUUUAUUUUCCCUGAUUUAUAAUUAAGUAUGUAAGUAAACUUAGUGUUCUCAUUUUGUCAUGUGGGUCAACUAUGAAUGGAGUCCAAAUAAAGAUUUAUGAAGCAUUGUUGCUCAUCAGGGGUUCUGCAUUUUACGGCAUUUAUGGAGUACAAAAGUUUGAUAGCUCAGUUCUUUCCCUCCUUUGAUAAAAUGUUACACAGUUGGAACUCAAACAAGAUUGUUUAUUGUCUUCCUAAUUCAAGAUUUUAACCAUUUUUAUUUGUAUAAGCAUUUUUGUCUCUAGGUUUCUGGCUGUAAUUAUUCCAUCCUCUCAAAGUAGUAUAAUCUACCAAGCUCUUUUUCUUCAUUGGCACUGAACUUCCACUAUUGUGAGAAUGGAAAAGACAUUGGUUCGAUUCAUCAUCAGCUAGCUCUGUUCAUGGUUGUGCUCAAGUGUGUGGCAAUAAGUGCAAAGAACGAAGUGUAAGAAAAUGUCAAUCCUGAAAACAAGUUGUUUCUUACGCAAGUGCUGUCCUGAAAUUUUGAAUUUCUUGUUGCAAAAAAACAAAAUGUUUGUGUGAAGAAAAGUAAAGUGCUGUUUUGUUGCUGAUUUUUCAGAUUAUUUUAUUUGAUGAAGUUGUAUUUGAUGAUUUGGGUGUGAAGCUUAACAAGCUGAUGAUAUAGUCAACCAAGGAAAUAAAGCAAAUUUACCAACA